ACUCACUCAUCUACUAUAGCUUAGCUCAGCUGCCACCGGUGCGUCAGACACUCUUGAUCCUGAACAACCAUAGGCCAUAGCAAGCAAUGGCCUACUCCAAAACCAUAGCUUGCCUGUUGUUCACCACGCUGCUCCUUGCUCCGGCCAUCAUGGCCACCGACCCCGACCCUCUCCAGGACUUCUGCGUGGCCGACCUCGACGACGACGACAACAAGGUCCGGGUGAACGGGUACCCCUGCAUACCCAUGUCGGAGGCCGGCGAUGACUUCCUCUUCUCGUCCAAGCUGUCCAAGGGCGGCAACACGUCCACCCCGAACGGCUCGGCCGUGACGAGGCUGGACGUGACCGAGUUCCCCGGCGAGAACACGCAGGGCGUGUCCAUGAACCGCGUGGACUUCGCGCCGGGAGGCACCAACCCGCCGCACGUCCACCCGCGCGCCACCGAGAUCGGCCUCGUCAUGAAGGGCGAGCUCCUCGUGGGGAUCAUCGGCAGCAACGAGUCCGGCAACAAGCUCUACUCCAGGGUGGUGCGCGCCGGCGAGAACUUCCUCAUCCCCCGCGGCCUCAUGCACUUCCAGUUCAACGUCGGUAAGACGGAGGCCUACAUGGUCGUCGCCUUCAACAGCCAGAACCCCGGCAUCGUCUUCGUGCCGCUCUCGCUCUUCGGCUCCAAUCCGCCUAUCCCGACGCCGGUGCUCACCAGGGCGCUCCGGGUGGACGCCGAGGUCGUCGAACUUCUCAAGUCCAGGUUCGCCGGCGGGUCUCUCCAGGCCUCAUAGGAGCCUGCCCAAGAAUGAUCCAAUAUAUAUCUGCAUGCUAGGCUAGCGAAAUUUAAUAGGAGUACGUGAUUCACAGCGGAAGACUUGUAUGCAUAUUCAAGCUUCUCGUUAAUUAUGCUCGAUCGCAUGCAGUUGUAAUACGAUGGAAUAAAAGUUAGCCUCGCGGUUCAGCAGCCCCGUCGGAACCGACACGAGGAAUUGAAACGUACUGUCUCUGUAAAAGAUAAUACUUAUAAGAGUGUUUAUAGAUUAUUAAAGUAAUUAUCUAAAUGCUUUUAUAUUUGUUUACGAA